AUGAAUAUGGAUGAGAAGUCACCAGCUGCAGCUGGCCACACAGCUCCCGAGAGCCUACGCCGUCGGCCCCGGGCAUCAUUCCCACUCCUCCGUCAGAUAUUCCUUGUGGUACUCAGUCUUCUGGUCAUUUACAACGUCUACAAGGUUAGAGUACCCAGGGAACGUCUGAAGCAGACGCUUCAGCCGCUUGCUCCAAAGAGGGUACCACUCGAGAUUCAUAACAUAGUCAAGUGUCCCAAUGCGCAGGUUGCCUUGACGGCCUUGGUGCUCCCGACCAUUGAGCGUGUGCAUGACAAAGUCGACUUCAGACUCAGCAUUCUCGCGAGAGAAACCGAAGAGGGCAUGCACUGCAAGCAUGGCCCCGAGGAGUGCAAAGCUGCCAUGAUGGAGCUCUGCACGCAGGAUACACACCGGGACUCCAGGAGUCUUGUUGGCUUCCUCGAAUGCUUGACGAAUGAGUACCAGCGGAUCCCCGAGCGCGCACAUUACGAGGCCUGCGCCGCAAAGAACUCCAUCGAUCUUGAGAAGGUGGACCAGUGUGCUGCUAGGGAUGGAGGAGCAUACGCAUACGAGCUACUUCGGAAAAGUGCUCAGCGUACCAUUGAUGCGGGCGUGCACAUCAGUGGUACAAUCCGAUUGAACGAGAAGGUUUACUGUAUCCGGGAUGGGGACAAUGACACGUGGCUGGAAUGUCCCAACGGCCCUGGUGUUGAUGAGCUCGUCGAUGCCAUCGAACGCUUGUAUAAUGCGACGACAGAGGAACUGUGA